UCGCAUUCCUUGAGCAAAACGCAUGAUUCAUCAUCCGUUGGAGAACCAAUCGUCAACGGAGCACAUCCUGCUGCCAGUGGCCAUGGCAGCCCGCAAGGCUGCCACCGCUGCCACUGCUGCUGCUGGUGUCGCCGCUGGCAAUCGGAGCCAUGUCGAGCAUUUGGAUAACGAACUGUUCGAGGGCUAUUCGGAGACACUGCUGACGGUCGCCUGGACAUUUUGCAUACUGUUCACCGUUGUCGGUGUGCCCGGCAAUCUGCUGACAAUUGUCGCGCUGUCGCGCAGCAAACAGACCCGCAACUCGACGGCCAUAUUCAUUAUAAACUUAUCGUGUUCGGAUCUGUUAUUUGGGUGCUUCAAUUUGCCGCUGGCCGCCGCCACGUUCAUGGAGCGUGCCUGGACCUUUGGUGAUCUGCUGUGCCGACUGUUUCCCCUGUUGCGAUAUGGCCUGCUUGCCGUCUCACUGCUCUCCGUUUCGCUGAUCACCAUCAAUCGGUACAUUAUCAUUGCCCAUCCGCGACAGUAUCCACGCAUCUAUCAGCGACGAUAUCUGGCUAUGAUGGUCGCCGGCACCUGGCUGAUCACCUUCUCAAUUAUGAUACCGACGUGGCGGGGAGUUUGGGGUCGCUUUGGCUUGGACACCAGCAUUGGGUCGUGUUCGAUACUGCACGAUAAAUACGAUCGAUCGCCGAAGGAGUUCCUGUUUAUAGCCGCCUUUAUGCUGCCCUGCAUUUGUAUUGUGAUCUGUUAUGCCCGGAUCUUUCUGCUGGUGCGUCAGGCAACGAUUCGGGCUGGCAACAAGAGUCAAGAGGUUGCCACAACGCCGACGACCAUUCAGCCACCGAACGAUAAGCCGAAAAACCGCGAUAAGCAACCCGACAAGACUAAGGUUAAGGACAUUGAAAAGCACAAGGAUAAGGAUAAGGAUAGGAAAAACACUUCGGAGGAGGGCUCCUCGGGCACAAGGCAUGCCUUUGUGGUCAGCGAGACUUUCGCCUUUAUUGAUGACAACACAUCCUCGGAGAGUUUUCCCAUCUCGUACAGCACCAGUCAGCGGCAGCCACAUCGAGAGUCGCCCAUCGAUGCCAACAUCGUCCUGCAGGAUCUCAAUGACCAUAGCAACAACAAGCAACAAGCAGCUGCUGCCAAUCCAGCGGACUCCAGCAUCAGCAGAUCACAAAGCCAACUGGAGCAAAACCGCAACGCUAAGAAUCCAAUUACGACAUCAUUGCGCACAUCGUUCACACGUUUCAGUCCACGUAAAUCGCAUUAUGUGUCGAUGGGGAAUACGUCGAAUGCAUCAUCAAUUUAUCCGGGUCGGAUGAGUCCCAAGGAUCGGCGAUUGCUCAAAAUGAUACUGGUGAUAUUUGUGUGGUUCGUCGUCUGUUAUCUGCCGAUAACGCUGACCAAGAUCUGGAAGAGCGCCAACGAUAUGCAUGUGUUCAACAUAACCAGUUAUAUACUGAUCUAUAUGACCACCUGCAUCAAUCCGCUUAUCUAUGUGCUAAUGAGCAAAGAAUAUAGACGGGCCUAUUCGCAAAUGUUUCGAUGCCAGCAAACGGAGCAACAGCAUCGCGUCCUCAAAAAGCACAUCGAAUCCAAUCGGGCCGCACCCAAAACGUGAUCAAGUUUCAGUUUCAGUUGCAGUUGCAGUUCCAGUUCCAGUCGACUGCCAGACUAGUGUCGACUUCCGUCCCAGCAGUGACUACUCAACAUGUCCAUCAUUAUAUACAUAUAUAUAUAUAUAUAUAUAUAUUUACAUAUGUAUAUGUAUUAAAGGGAGGGACACAUCCAUCUCUGUUAUCCAUUGUCCAUAAAUCCAUAGAACAGUCAUGUAUUAUAUAUAGUAGAACGAAUCGAAUCGCAAACAUCCAUUUAUGUCUGUACAAAUAUCUAUUUCUAUUUAAUGCUAUAGACACACGAUAUACAUAUGCAAAUAUAUAU